CAGCGCCUGGGUCGCAUCUCCAUCUCUCUUGUUUCUCUUUCGCUCCUCUGCCAUCCUGCUGCACCCUCUCCACCUCCACUUAUUGUCAUUCUGCAGCUGAAACCCUGUUAGGAAAAACAAAAAUCCCCCGGCUCUGCAUCAGAGGCAAGACACAGGAGAAGGAAAAACCAGCGGGGGAAAUAGAUUGGGGAUCCCUCACAGAACUGAGGAGUCUUUGUUCUUCUCUAGCUUUUGAUGACUGACCUGUUCUGCUGACUCUCCUCUGAAAGGAAAUACUUAAAAUGGGACACUUGAUUUGAGCACAGAAGGAAAAAAAAGAGGAAAAGCUUUUCUUUCUUUCUUUUUUUUUCUUGCCGGUUUAUCUUGCUUCACAGAACAAAGUGGUGCACAUGGAGAGGGAGCAUUUGCGAGAGAGCGACUGAAGACUGAAGUCCAUUUACGAGGAAAAUAAAAGCGAGAGACGAGGAGAACCCGAACAGAGACUGAGCUGAAGAGUCAAACAGAGGUUCCUUUCCCCUCCUCACUCCUUGUCCCGUCUGUAGUUUUCCUCUUCGCUCCCCCGACUGAAGUCCAGCCAUGCAGGUGUCCAUCGCCUGUACGGACCACAACCUGAAGAGGGGCAAUGGGGACCACAGCAAGCAGAGCGCCACCAGCCCCAAUGUGGUCAACCAGGCCAGGGCCAAGUUCCGUACCGUGGCCAUCAUCGCGCGAAGCUUCGGCUCCUUCACGCCACGCCACAUCUCACUCAAGGAGUCGACGGGAAAACACACUGGCAUGAAGUACAGGAACCUUGGAAAGUCCGGACUCAGAGUAUCUUGCUUAGGACUGGGUACAUGGGUGACAUUUGGAGGACAGAUAACAGACGAGGUUGCAGAGCAGCUAAUGACGAUUGCCUACGAUAGUGGAGUCAACUUGUUUGACACAGCUGAGGUGUACGCGGGCGGCAGGGCCGAAAUCAUUCUAGGAAACAUCAUCAAGAAGAAAUGCUGGAGGAGAUCCAGCUUGGUCAUUACAACUAAACUGUACUGGGGAGGAAAAGCAGAGACAGAGAGAGGGUUGUCAAGGAAACACAUUAUUGAAGGUCUGAAAGGCUCUCUACAAAGGAUGCAGCUGGAGUAUGUGGACGUAGUUUUUGCCAAUCGCCCAGAUAGCAAUACUCCCAUGGAGGAGAUUGUUCGAGCCAUGACCUAUGUGAUAAACCAAGGCAUGGCCAUGUACUGGGGGACGUCUCGGUGGACGGCCAUGGAGAUCAUGGAGGCUUACUCUGUGGCGAGACAGUUUAAUCUGAUCCCGCCAGUGUGCGAGCAGGCCGAGUAUCAUCUUUUCCAGAGAGAGAAAGUAGAAGUGCAACUGCCUGAACUUUACCAUAAGAUAGGAGUCGGCGCGAUGACGUGGUCACCGCUGGCAUGCGGCAUCAUCACAGGAAAAUAUGAAAAUGGCAUUCCUGAGUCAUCCAGGGCCUCCAUGAAGUCCUAUCAGUGGUUGAAGGAGAAAAUAAUAAGUGAGGAUGGAAGGAAGCAACAAGCCAAGCUGAAGGAGCUCAACCACAUCGCAGAGAAGCUGGGAUGUACCCUGCCUCAGCUGGCUGUGGCUUGGUGUCUAAGAAAUGAAGGGGUAAGCUCGGUCCUUCUGGGAACAUCCAAUCCUGAGCAGCUCACUGAAAACCUCGGGGCCAUACAGGUCCUUCCCAAGAUGACCUCCCAUGUGGUGUCAGAGAUCGACCACAUCCUAGGCAACAGACCGUACAGUAAGAAGGACUACCGCUCUUAGACCAGGCAGUUGGACUUCCAAGAGGUCAGCUGUACCUACCUACCUAACCAUACUGCUACCUUGGACCCUCCAUUCAGUGUUCAUGUCCAUGGUUCUCUCCUCGGGCCCCACUCAGCUCCAGCCCGCCUCAGCCUGGAACAGACGGCCUUGCUAAGUCCAGCGUUGCAUACUGUACCUUUGUCUGUUUGAGCCUUGUCCUGAUCAGAUCAGCUCUACCAGGCUCAUCUCAGGUGCCCAGCUCAGCUACGUCAUGCUUGAGAAACUCAGCUUUUUGCAGCCUGAAACACAAAACAUGAUCCACUUCAGUAGUUCUAAACUUUGUGCUCCUCCCAAAUCAAAGUGUUGCCACGUGCAGGUAGAACUAUGCAGAUCUUAGAGUAGAACAUGUAAAAGUUUAGAUUCAGGCUUAUAUUUGAGAUCCCACCACAUCCCAGUUCAGCUCCAUCCAGGGAUAGAUAUACAACUGACCUGAUAUUUGGAUUAAAAUGAUAUGAAACUACGACUGCAGCGCCUCAUUUUUAAAUUAUAUCCAACCUUACACUCACAUCCAGUUAGCAGAUAAACCAAAAGAAGCAAAGCGGGCGUAUUUAAAGUGCCUUCCCGAAGGGUACCUUGAUAGUAGCUGCUAAAUGAGACGCCUGUGUUACUUAUUUAUUGGACUCAGGCCUUCAGGUCUCGAGCCCACCCAUUAAAAGCCAAGACCUCCACUCACAAGUAACAUAAUUUGAGCACAAAAUUCAUAUUGGGCCCAUAUUUUAUUUAUGAGUACCACUGUACCACAGCUGAAUACAUGAAUGCAAGAAAUCAGAGGUAUCUCAGGAAAGUGGACAGUUGUAUUCUGAACCCCACCCGCCCCCACCCCACUCAGUGCUUUCAUUAAAUCGCUAUGCAGAGCAACACACAGAAUUACCAUAAGAGUGUAAAACUCCAACCUCCUGUGUUGGAGGUAAGCAGCAACCAGGUGACUUGCGCAUAAUACAGAGUUUUAUUAACAUGAAUGAAGCCUCAACAGACCCGAUCCCUAUUAGCCUGAAUUAGCUUUCAAAUACCUACCAAGUAUAUUCUGUCCCGUAUUUAGAAUAGUUAAGUAUUCAAUGGAUUAUAAAGGCUGCAAAUCGUGAGCGUAUUUACCACCAGAUGCAUGUUUCCCUGCUAUAGUGUGCCUCUUUCUUCUUUUCGACAAAGCACAUAAUUAAAGACUAGAAGAGGGUUUGAUCAAAAAAUCCUGCAAGCUUGUCCCCCCAGCCCCCCAGGUGUGACAGAGUACUGCGGGACUUUGAGUACUAGUACAUAUUGGACUCUGUUUGAGGAGAGAGUGAAGCAUGUCGCCCCCGUGUGUUCCCUCUGAGGAACUGCUGAAGAAUCCCACAGAAGAGAAAUAAAGCGGACUGCUAUUCUGCCUGUGAACUGAACCUGCAUCGCUAGAUCGCUCCAGCAAACCUUGAGGAUUUUGGACUUAAGCUUACGAUGAAUCUAUGAAAUAAAAGAUAAACUCGCCUCUGGUCUUGUCAUGUUUAGAACGACUGCUUGUUUAAAUGGCACAAUGGGGCACAGACUCAAGGUAUUUGGGAUGUGGCAAAGAUUACAGUAUUUAUUCUAGAGUAGUUAAUAUAUAUGAACUUUAUUUUGACAUUUUGAAAUACUGCUUUUGUUUGAAGAUGCUAAAUGUACAUAAGAUGUUAAGAAAUACUGUGUAACAUAAGGAGAAACCCAUCGAGGAGCCUCUCGUGCAGACGAGGACUUCACCGCAGUGUAUGGCUCACACAUAGCAGACGUGUAAAUAGAGUCACUUUUCUGCUCCUCUGCAGUAUCGCUGCAUCAGUUGCAACGUUUAGGCCACUGUCCAGCCCGUCCUGCUCCUUCCAUCCUGACAAAAAUGUACUUUUGUCUCCUCAAAGACAAAGAAAGUCACAACUAUUUAUAAGGAUUAAGAUUUAAAUUUGUAUUUCUCUUUUGGAUUCUGCGUCAAUAAGAGAAUCGUUCUAAAAAUGAGCUUCUCUAAUGAGACGUGACAAAUGUGAUUAAAGGCUUCUUAAAGGACUUGAAGGUGGAUCGACCCUUCGGAUUUCAUGGCUGUCACCUUGAUGCAUUAUUUUUGUUCUCUUUCAUGUGGAAAACAAGCCAUCUCUGAGAUCAGCAGAAAUGUUGGCCAGGUUCCGACUGAGUCACUUUCUUGUCCUUGGUGUGCAUCUGUUGACUUGCACCACAAAUACCACCUAUGUAUGGAUCAAUCAAGGGAAAUCUCAUUAGAUUACAAGCACCUACAGUUAUCCAGAGCACGCUGUUACCUGUUUUUGGAUGAAACACUAACAUCUCUUUGGCUCACAGCUUAUUUAAGAAGUCUGGCCUUGGAGGAAAACUAGAGUUGGAUCCAAAAUGCCUUGAAAUCAAGAAAAAACAUCAUAUUUUGCUUAUUUCUUAUUCUCUAUGUGGACACAGCACCAUCUUUUCCUACGCAGAAUUCACUUAUUUGUAGCUUUUGGUGGCAAACACGUGCCACUGAGACACAAAGGGGUAAGUUUGUGUGCAAGUCAACAGCUUUCCCAUCAGUUUGAGUCAGUCACUGUUGGACUGUGGCCACCUGGCAGAGUGCCUUGAAUUCCUUCGACAGGAAUAAAUUCAGGGAUGUCUUUCACUACGAGUUGGUAAAUGGCGUUUGGCUUCUGGCCUACAAGAUAUGUAAGAUUUUAAAACAAAUGUAUGCAGAUGAUAUUAUUUGAUUGCCUAAUCUGUCUCCUGUGUCACUUUAAUAGAAAGUUGUAAGCAUCAAGCACACACCGACAGUGUAGCUACAAAAAAGGAAAAUGCUGUCUUUAAAUUGUUAUUAUUCUCUAUUGAAUGAUGCGCUUACUGAGCUCCAUUGUGCUCCUUAAUUUCCCGGGAGCGUUAUAUCACCGAACAGUGGAGCUGAUUCUUUAAACUGGUAGCUUCUCCGUAAAUGGGACUCGCUUUCAGAGGAAUGCAAAACCUACAUAUUAUCAGCUCCACAAACUUUGGGAACAAGCAGUGCAACAGUCCUACAGAUAUUAGGAAAAGUAAUGCAAGAUGGACAUUAACCUUCUUGUUGUCUGAGAGAACAGUGACUUGUCUUCGUGGUCUUCUCAAUUUCUUACAGACUUAGAAACAACUCUAAAAUGCAACAAGCAAGUCAUCUGUUGCUGUUUUUCAGCUUGUUGAAAUCCUGUAAUGUGCCACAUCAACUGCUACCCAAGGUUUCUGGUUUUGGUUUGAGUCCUACCUGAUAAUCACAUCUGAAAACUCAGAGGUCACUGAUUCUACGUGUUGUUGGGUGGAUGAAAAACACUUGAGAGACACUGACUUCGGUUCUUGUUGCGUCAUUGUAUUGUUUCCCCUCCUGAUCAGUGGUUUCUCUGUAAAUACUCUAUGUGAAAGUGUGAUUAGAAAUAAAAGCAUUGCCAAUGGAAA